UAUGCUGACUUACACAGACGCUGCGGUGGCUAUCCUAGCGAUUCUAUUGGCUCUCUUCCUGAAAGCCUCAGUCACUCGUUACAAGCAGCGCGCACGUUAUCCACCGGGCCCGAAGGGUUUACCUAUCAUCGGAAAUGUGCUCGAGAUGCCCAAGACACACGAGUGGCUCACUUUCGCCAGCUGGAGUGAGCAGUAUGGCGAUAUCAUCUACCUCAGUUUGCUUGGUCAGCCAAUGGUCAUCCUCAACUCGGCGAAAGACGCCGUUGCUCUGCUUGACAAGCGCAGCAAUAUCUACUCCGACCGGCCUGUUCUCAUUAUGGGUGGAGAGCUUGUCGGCUGGAGCAGUACACUUGCGUUGAGUCCGUAUGGCGAACGGUUUCGCGAGCACAGAAGAUUUAUUGCAAGGUUUAUUGGGGGUAAGGCCCAAAUGGAACGCCAUCUCAGGCUGAUUGAGUGCGAGACGAAGAACUUCUUAAAGAGGAUGCUGAAACGUCCGGAAGGAGUGGCUGGGAAUAUUAGGAGGACAGCCGGUGCGAUUAUCCUAAAACUCUCCUACGGGUACGAGAUCCGUGAAGACCAAGAUCCUCUAGUAGACCUGGUCAAUCGUGUGAUGGAGCAAUUCACUGAAGCGACCACUCCCGGCGCUUUCCUAGUCGACGUCUUUCCGCUCCUGCGGCAUGUCCCUGCUUGGAUACCAGGCGCGUCAUUCAAAGUCAAGGCACAGCAAUGGAAGUAUACGCUGCAGCAAGUGAUAGAUGUGCCGCAUGCAUUUGUGAAGGAGCAGAUGACCAAUCAUGCCGAAAUUCCCAGCUAUACGUCUGAGCUCCUGAGAGACGAGAGGUUAGAAAGCAGCCAGGAACGCGACAUCAAAUUGUCGGCGUCGUCGCUUUACACGGGUGGCGCGGACACGACAGUUUCAGCGAUUCAUACCUUCUUCCUCACUAUGAUACUCUUCCCACACGUACAGAGGCGAGCUCAGGCAGAAAUCGACUCGGUGAUCGGAACGGAUCGACUGCCCUCAUUCGAAGAUCGACCGAACUUGCCGUAUGUAGAGGGUGUGUUUAAGGAGGUCCUACGAUGGCACCCUAUUGGUCCAUUAGGGCUACCGCAUAGACUGACACAGGACGACGUAUAUGAAGGGUAUGUAUUGCCGAAAGGCACUAUUGUCAUCCCAAACAUCUGGAAAUUUCUUCACGAUCCGGAGGUGUAUCCGAACCCUUCGGAAUUUGAUCCGACGCGGUAUCUCCCAGAGGAUGGCAAAGCGCCGUCGCUGGAUCCCCGGAACUACUGCUUCGGGUUUGGUCGACGAAUUUGCCCAGGACUGCAUCUUGCUGACGCCUCAGUCUGGCUCACAUGUGCCACGGUGCUCGCGGCUUUCGAUAUCAAGAAGCUCGUUCAUGACGGCAAGAUUGUUGAGGUUGUGCCUGAGUACACGAGUGGUACAGUCAGUCAUCCGAAGCCAUUUAAGUGCGACAUUAAGCCUCGCUCUGCCAAGGCAAGAGCCUUGAUUCUCGCUAACGACGAGUGACCAUAAGAAUAGAGUGCCAACGAUUGCCGAUUCAAGCAUUCGCCUGCCCAUCUUAUUGCCCUCGCAAGCUACUGUACUCAAUAUAUCUUCCUUGGUGAAAC